CCAAACUUCAGAACAAUUGUUGAGAAGUAAUUAUUGGAUUUACGGCUGUUCUGCUGGAGCUUGUUAAUUUUCUCAUAUCUCUGUGGGAAGAGCAGGACUCAGCAAACUAACAAACAUAAAUUCUUUAAAGGAAACAAUGUCUUUUAAAAGCGUGAAACUCAUCUCGGUUAUUAUCCAGCAAUCAAGUCUUUAUCCUCAUCAAUAGGUAGGAUGGUUUGCCAAUUAAUGGGAUUGCCUUCAGGAUCCUAAUUGUAGGUGCACCAGUAUGAGUGUGCCAGGUGUGUCUACCUGCAGAGAUGAAAUGUCAGUGCUCUGAGCAGAAACCAAAUCAGAGCUAAAACAUCAAGGGAUAGGAAAAAGAAGUUCUAGCACAUCCUCUUUCUUAACAUCAACAUGUUCAAGCCUAUUUUAAAGUGUCCUCACAAUCACCCAAGGUCCUUCUCAGCAGUGAAUACUGAAGCAAAGUAUUCAUUAAGGACUGCCGCUAUCUCUUCCAACUCCAGAGGUUAGUCCCGAACGAUGACUACUCCAAGGCAACCAGCCAAUAGUCAUGAACUAAAGGAAUUUGACAGUGUAAAGGAGUCAAUCACUGACAUCAUUAAUCAGCUUCAGGACAUUGAUCCCAGCCGCCUCUCCUUCUCGCCAUUCCUGGACCUAGACACCCAGAUUACACUGGCACCCAUCUCUGAUAGUCCAGAGUCAUCUGUGGAAGAACUUCAUUCACUAUCUGAUGAGAACAUAGACCACUUCACUGAACCGGGCCCAAAAGGCAAAAGACUUCAGUUCAAUGAAGCCCACCAGAAACUCACGAAACAGCAGAGUGCACCGAGUGAUGGGCGGUUGAACAUGAUUAAAGCAGAACUGGUGAGAAAUCACACCUUCCCGUAUACUGAAAAUAAACACAAGCACCCAGACAAUGUGUCAGUAGGCGUCAGCAGAGAAACUUCUGCCUUGCCUGAUGAAAAAGUGUCUUCUUCAGCGUCGUCAUUGCCUGCUGAAGCUGGGACCAUUCCCCCACAGAACUUCAACAAGGCAGGAGUAGAGAACACAGCAGGGCUGGAGAAGGUGCACAAGUUCCCCAGCCAGGCUUCAGAAGACCAGCCGUUGCUGGGCCCAUCGCCGGACACUGAGACCAUAGAACUGAUUUCCAGUGACUCUGAGCGCAACGCCUCUGCGGAAUCUUCACAGAAGGAGGCAGCUGCUGGGGCAAGUGGAGGCCGGAAGUGCUGCCCCUGUUGCCAGUGCUGCUCUGCUUCACAUCUCAAAGCCGUAUCAUCCGUCUUUGUCUCUCUGCUUUUUAUACCAUGGAUCCUCUAUGGCCUUUACUUAUUUGUGCCCUUUGACUCCCCAUCCUGUCCAGACCUAACUAGCCGAAUGACAUAUACACUACGCUGCAACAUAAUUGCAAUCAUUCCGGUCCUACUCGGUGUCGUCAUCGGUUCUCUGUCCCGGCUUUGCUCUACAGCCAUCGAUCCCUUGGACACUAAUGUCCGAGCUGUUCUUAUUCAUCAGAGAUAUGUUGGCAAUUCCAUUGAACAGUUUGUAAUCUACUUUCUCAACAUGGCUGUUAUGGCAACCUAUCUUCAUCAGGAGCACCUGAAGAUCAUUCCCAUAUUAUCUGGGCUCUUUGCAGUGGCAAGGCUGCUAUAUUGGAUUACAGCCGGAUUGAGCAGCGCCUAUCGUGGAUUUGGAUUUGGGCUGACAUUUUUCCCAACCUUAGCGAUGCUGGCCUACAAUUGCUACUGUUUGUAUGAACUGGGAUUCGAUCACUACUUCAUCCCACUUGAGAGGGGAGGACCCACACGAGCUCCUCCACCGAGACUGAGGUGGUGGGGCUUCGGGGGCUGAAAACUCAAGGGCAGAAAAUGCACACCACAUCAUGGCAGAUUAGAUUAGUAUAUUAUACGAAUACAAUCCUACAGAGGGUGCUGAGAAAUGAUAGCACUAUUAGUUUUUGUGAUUGCUCGUCGGAGUUUAAAUUAUGAGUAUCAGAUAGAUUGCAGUUUUGAGACUAUCUUAACAAAAAUUUAACUUACAGAAGUUUGGACUCUUGAUGUGUACUUUUAGCUGAGAACAGAUGAUUAAUCUUUGUCCAUACAAGUUUUGUGCCUGUCUAGACAUAACGCUAAUGCCCCCUUUUGUAUAAUACAGCUCAUUUGUUCAGUUUUCUUGAACAUCUUUCACAUCUGACAGCUGGAGCCACUUGACUGUUUAAAGAUAUUUCUGAUUGACAAAUAAGCUAAGGAUUAUAUUCAGGGUUGCUGCCCAGAUUACGUUACUCCUAUUGCCUUCAAGAGACAGUUCCAUGAAUCUUAACAGUUAGCCACACAAUUCUUUUGCAUUAAUCCAGAAUUAUCAGGUCUCUCUUCAAGUUAAGGAUUUGUGAACUUCCUAGUCUCUGCUCUGACUACUAAAGUCUUGCUUCAGGGACUGUUUAGGAAGCUCCACGAAUAUAUCCUCUGCAGUAUUUCAGAAUCAGGAUCAGGUUUAAUAGCAAUGGCAUAUGUCCUGAACUUUGCCGUUGUACAGAAGCAGUAAAUUGCAAUAUAAAGUAACAAAAAAAUAAUUAAAUUACAAUAAUAUGUAUUAGAAUUAAAUAAAUAGUGCAAACAGAGGGCUAAAAAUACUGAGGAAGCAUUCACAAGUUCAUUAUCCAUUCAAAAAUCUGAUGGCAGAGGGGUAGAAGUUGUUCCUGAAAUUUUGAGCGUGUCUCUUCAGGCACCUCUUUAAUGGCACCAGUGAGAAGAGGAUCAUCACCCAUAUCCUGGGCUACGAGGGUCCUCAAUGAUGGAUGCCAGCUUUUUCAGGCAUCGCCUUUUGAAGGUGUCUUUGAGUUUACAACUUCCGGCAGCUUUUUCUGUUUCUGUGCAGUGACCCCUCCAUACCAGGUGGUGAUGCCCCCAGUUGAAAUGCUCUAUCUGGAAAAAUCUGCAAAUAUAUUUGGUGACACACCAAAUCUCCUCAAACUCCUAAUGAAAUAUAGGAUUUGUGAAAUGGCAGUCUGAAGUGUUGAGAUUUAGCAAUCAAGACAUUCUAUAAUUCCACUAUUCUUAUAAUGUUUAGGUCAGGGCACUGCAAUAAAAGGGAAGGCUAGAAAUAAACACAGAUUAUCAUCAGAGAUUUUCAAUAUUUACUUCUGCAUAUAUACUCAGGAAGCCCUUAACUGGAUUAUGAUAACUCAGGGCUCUAAUUGCUGUAAAAUACAAUGCAUUGAAUGUACCACCAUAAGAAUUCAAGUAUUAGCCAACAGGAAUACAAUGACUUCAAUAACCUCCAGUUUAGCAUGCCAGAAAGAACCAACGUGAUCUGGAACCUAUGCCGAAUUUAUGACAAGUUGUUGUCUUCUAACUAGAAACAACAUAACCUAGUAUUAAGAUUUUCCAACAGCGACAAAUAAUUGCCCAUCAUACUUGAAUUAAUAAAGGGAAGGUUUUUAUUCUGAUGAAUAUUGGAACGCUUAGUGUAGAAUAGCACUCAAUGUUCUGAACUUGGUCACAUUUCUACCCUGUGGACUGAUGGUGUUAUAAAUUCAGUGGUUUCCAAACUUUUUUGAUGCCAUGUAACAUUAUCAUUAAGCUAGGGGUCUGUGGGCCCCAAGUUGGGAACCCCUCUACUAACUGAUUAUCAGUAAGGUUACUCCUAUUAAGUGUUAAUCUCAUGGGAUUAAACUCUGAACCUGAUUAGCACAAAAACUAAAAUAAAGAAUAAGUGAUAUAAAUUUGGAAGAUGUAAGUCUAUCGCUUCUGAAGUUUUCAGCUGCUUGGCGAGUGGCCACAUUUACCAAGGAAUAUUUUGACAAUUACUUGAGGGGUUUAAGUUUUUUUUGUGCUGGGUGGAUGCACAAAUAUAAUAUAAUCCAGGCACAUUGACAUCAUAGCACUAUUUAGCAUUCAUACUGGUUAUAAUGAGGAAACUGUUUCAUGUUGGAAUUCAGAAACAGUUUGUUCAUCAGUAUUUCCUAUGUACUGUAGUGCGAAGCUGCCUCUUUCCCAGAGGAUAAGGUCACUUACAGCACGUGUAUCUCCAGGCAAAGUCAAACGCAGACAACCUUCUCAGAAUUCGACCUUCCUGUUGCCACCACAUUUCAUUCACUCCAAGUCCCCAGAGGUCUACCUUCACCUUGAAACUUACGCAUGGAGACAAAAAUAAGAGCAUAGGACUUCACCAAGUACGAAAGGGAAACAAAAAAUAUGAGACAGCCAUUAGCGAAUGCCAAACCUGAAUUUUCAAAGACUGAAGGCGCUGCUGAAGGAAAGGCAGGGGAGAAAUGAAUGUCAAGACUUCAUGAAACAAUGGGUAUCAAAGCAAUAAAUUUCAAUUUUAAAGUGAGGAAGAAGGCUGUUUGCCAAAAUUAUUGAUUUUGCAUAAAAUGUGCAUAAAGUCAGUAGCAUAACAAAUGUGGCUUACGUUUCUUUGGAGGAUUUUUGUAUGUAUAGAAGUGAAUUGUUUGUGAUUUAUUAUAGUUCUAGUUUUAACUUAAGAAACUUUAGAACUUAUAAGUAUAGAAUUAGCCAUUUUUAUAUGAAGGAUUUAGUUAUCUUUGCCUACAUGGGACUUUGAUUCAGCUAUAAACUGUGUUGGGAAAUUAGUAAUGUAUCCUAAUCCAAAGCCUCCAGGACUGUAAAUAUCUAAUAAAGUUGUUGCAUUUAAUUUUGUCUAAAAUCACACUAUGUACUUUAAAUGCCAUUGUGCUACAUAUCUGACAAACCAUUAAUGUUCAUUAAAUCUCCCAAAGGUCCCUUGAAAAAGUAACUUGUCUCCACUUGGGUUUCUCUGUUGUGUUUCUCUUUCUUGCCUCUGGCCUGGUGCUGGGAUGUUUCUGAAGCCUAGACUUGUCAGAAUUAGAGGAAGAAAGAGAGAAUACACACAGGUUCUUCGGAGAACUUAAUACAAGGAGUUGCACACUACCAUUUCAUUUCUGGUGCUGAGUUUGAACCGACACCAGACCAGACACAGUGCUGGAAGUAUACAUUUCCUGCCAUUCCAUGGGCUGAAUUUUCACUCCCUAAGUUCUGACUGGAGACUUUCAGUAGACAGAGCAAACAUGAAGCGAGACUCAUUGGUUAACACAUCUUAAUAAUUACUGAUGUCAGAAAGUUAGCAUUCAUUUCCAGAGGACUAGAACAUAAAAGCAAGGAUAUAAAGUUGUGGCUUUAUACGGCAUUGAUGAGACCGCAUUUGAAGUGUAGUGUGUUGUGAGCAAAUUUGGGCCCCACACCCAAGGAAGAAUGUGCUGGCAUUGGAGAGGGUCAAGAAGAGAUUCAUGAGAAUGAUCCCAGCAAUGAAAGGAUUAACAUAUGAGGAGCAUUUGAUGGCUCAGAAUCUAUAUUCACAGGAGUUUAGAAGAAUGAUGGAAGGUCACUUUGAAACCUAUUGAAUAUUGAAAAGGCUGGAUUGAGUGGAUGUGGAAAGGACAUUUCCUA